GCGGAACCAGGCCCCAGACUGGCUUUCCAUUAGCUUCUCGUUUGGGCUCCGCUCCCCCGACGUCCCCUGCACUGCGGACCCGCCUCUGCCUACCGCCGGAUCACGGGAGCUUCCCGCGCCGAGCUCCGCCCGAGGAAGCUCCGCCUGCCCUUCGCUUUCACAACAUUCCUUGGAGGCCCCGCCCCCUCAGCCUCUCUGGGCAACCGUCUCCGGGCUGGCUCGGCAAGCUCCGCCUCCUCUGCUUUCGACGCAGCCUCCGGCCCGGAUCUCCCAGGAUGCAGCGCGCGGGCGGGAGGUUUGGAGCGGAGGGACCCUGCGCCCGCGUAGGGAGUCGGCAAGGUGGCGGCUGUAAGACGCAGGGCCUCGCGCGGUGAGGUUUAAAAGCAUCAACUGGAAUCAAUUUGCAUUCGAAAAUUGGACCAACACAAAGACUUGAUAUUGUGGAAUGACUAGCAAACAAGCAAUGUCAUCUAACGAACAAGAAACACUCUUGUGUUAUAAUGGGGAAGUCCUUAUUUUUCGAUUGUCUAAGGGAGAUUUUGCAGGUAAACGGCCUGCAAAAAUACCCGUAUUACAUGUCAGGAGAAUGGUAUUUGAUAGAAGAACAAGAGCAUUUGUUCAGAAGUCCACUGGAUUCUUUAUGCUAAAGGAAGAAAACUCUCAUUUAAAAAUCAUGUGUUGCAACUGUGUGUCAGAUUUCAGAACUGGAAUUAAUCUCCCUUAUAUUAUGAUACAAUGUAAUAAAAAGAAUAACAUCUUCAGAUAUUUUCUUCUAUUUCUUCACAGUACCAAUAAAUUUGAAAAGCGUUUGAGCUUUAGACUAAGCUAUGAGUUGAAAGAUGGUGUAAGGGUCCUUAAUGGCCCUUUAGUUUUAUGGAGACAUAUCAAAACAUUCUACUGUAUCUCUUCCCAAACUCGCAAAAUUAUUACUGUGUCUCUUAAUUUUUCCUCUGUUGAGUGGGCAGGGGAGAUUGAAAAUCUAGGUAUGGUUUUAUUAGGACCAAAGACAUGUUUUUUAUCUGAGGAAGGAUGCACUCAAAAGCUUUCAAAAUCAGAUUAUGCAAUUUGGAAUACCAAAUUUUGUGUAUACUCCCUUGAAAAUGAAGAAGUAAUAAGUGACACAUACAUUAUCCCUCCUGCUUAUAGCAGUGUAGUAACUUAUGUGCAUGUCUGUGCAACUGAGAUUGUCAACAAUCAGUUAAGAAUGUCUCUGAUUGCCCUUACUCGAAAGAAUCAGCUGAUUUCAUUUCAAAAUGGGACUCCUAAAAGUGUGUGCCAGCUUCCAUUUGGAGAUCCUUGUGCAGUUCAAGUUAUGGAUUCAGGCAGAGGAGACCUUUUCGUCGUAUCCUUUAGGUCCAGUGAUGCUUGUGCCGUUUGGAAAAAGAACUUUCAGGUUGCGGCAAAGUGGGAAAAAAUUAGCUCAGUACUGAUAGAUGACUUUAUAGGAACUGGAAGUGAACAAGUACUGCUGCUUUUUCAGGAGUCCUUGAAUUCAGAUUGUCUGAGUUCAUUUACAGUAACAGAUCUUGGCUACAUAAACUAUUCAAGUGAAACAUUGGAUUGCAGUGAAGAUGACUUAUUUGAAGACAAAGAAAAGAAUUGUUAUUUGAUGGUUCCUCCUCUGGAAAGAGGAUUGAAAGUUGGUUUGGCUUCUCUUCAGGAAUUGCAGCAGCAUCUCUUGCUUAAGGAAAAAAUUAUUUCAAAAUCUUAUAAAACUUUAAUAAACCUGGUUCAGGGGAAAGAUGAUAGUACAUCAAGUGCAGAGAAGGCACAUCUUGUUACUCUUUGUGGUAAAGAAGAAAAUCCUGUCUGUACCUUUGAUGAAAAGAUACCAGACAAUUUUCAAGAUUCAGAACAGCUAGUAGAGAAGAUAUGGUAUCAUGUAAUAGAUGACAGCUUGGUUGUUGGAGUGAAAACCACACCUUCUUUGAAGCUGUCCCUGAAUCAUGUGACUUUAUCACUGUUAAUGGAUCAAGCUCAUAACUCCAGCUGUCGGCUUAUUAAGUGUCAGAAUAGGGUGAUCAAGUUGAGUAGGGAUUUUUUCCCAGCACCAUGCUCAGUGCCAUGUGGAAUAGGAUCAGAGGCAAAAAGGAUCAAGUUGACUGUUGAUAGUGAGGAAGAGGGAGAGGAAGAGGAGAAGGAAGAAGAAAGCUUUGUUUGUGAACAGUCAUCUGAGAAAGAGUGUGUACAGGUCAUUACUGCUGUAACAUCUCUUUCACCACUUUUAGCGUUCAGUAAUUUUUGUUGCACUGUGCUGCUACAAAUUAGAGAGAGGAAAAAUGGUGACUCUUCUGAGGAUCAUUAUAUUCAGUGUGGCAGACUUUUUUUAAGUCUAGAAGACCUUUCAAGUAGGCAAUACCUGCUGAUAUUUCCAAAGAAGAAACCUAUAGAACACAUGGAAGAUCUGUUUGCACUUCUCACAGCGUUUAACAAAACUUGUUUUCAAAUCACGUCACCCAGCUAUUCUCUGACUUCAAUGAAGACAUGGCUCCUAAAACACAUGAAAUGUGAAGAAAUCAAAGAAUUUCCAGAAAUUUGCUUUUGCAAAAUGCCAGGAAGUUUCUAUGGGACACUCUUCAAGUGGAAACAAAAAACACCAUUUGAAGGGAUUUUAAUAGUCUAUUCUAGAAAUCAAACAGUUUUGUUCCAGUGUCUUCAUAAUCUCAUCAGAGCUCUCCCUAUAAACUGUUUCUUCAAAAACCUAAAAUUCGGAAGUGUCGAUUUCCUCAUUGAUCAUUUGGCAUUAACUUUGGAGAAGGAAUUGGUUACCCUUGGUUCUCUUUCUUCUGCCUUAGUUAAGGUUGAAAACAACUUGGUGCAAAGUUGUGAAGCAAGCAAAGAAAAGAGUAGUGGUGUGGCAGCUUUAUCAGACAGAGAGGAAAACAUCCAUCCCUACAGAAAAGAACUUCAGAGAGAAAAGAAGCAAACGUUGGGGACGGACCUAAAAGUGAGUGGUGCCCUUUAUAGAGAAAUAACUUUGAAAUUAGCUGAGGUUCAGCUGAGAUCAGACCUUGCUGCACAGAAACUAGCUGGUUUAGAAUUAUAAUCUUAAUUUGAUUAUGUUUUAAAAUGUUUUCUCUACCAGGACAUUUUGGUUCCAGAUUCAUUUUCAUUUUACAUAAUAUGCCUCCUUUGCAAAAAUAAAGAUUGAGGCUUAUAGAAUUGAGGGUAUGGAUGCACGAAAUAGCAUGUCUUAGCGCAGCAGUUCUCAACCGGGGCCAUUUUGCUUCUUUCUAUCCCCACCCCCCACCCAGGGGCAUUUGGCCGUGUCUGGAGACUUUUUUUUUUUUUGGUUGUGAGAAGUAAUUGGGGGUGGGGAGGGUGAGGUCAGGGUGCUAUUGGCAUCUAGUGGGUGGAGCCCAGGGAUGCUGCUAAGCAUUCUGCUGUGCACAUGACAGCUCCCGCAGCAAAGAACGAUCCCGCCCAAAAUGUCAGUAAGCCAAGGUUGAGAAAUCCUGCCUUAGAGUUACCACUUAAAUGAAGGCAGAAGUGAGCUAACAGUAUUUUGGUCUAAAUCUUCAAAAAACUUAAAUAGUCCUUUUAUUGUAUCCUGUUUAGUAAAACCUAGCAUAUAAAAAUUAGCUUCAAACAGAUAAACAAGGUUAUUAGGAUUCACAAGUUUCUGUGUACAUCAAGUGCCUGUGGAAAUUGAAAUCACAGAGUGGGUGAGACCAUUAAAAUGAAAGUCUUUGAACCCCUUGUUAAUUUAAAUUUUAUUAGAGAGCUGCUCUGAAAUUGUGUACGUCUAUAGGAAUAUGAAAAUUUUAGGGCAUUUCUCUGAAAAGCCUGUUUCUUUCAAAAAGCUGAGCAUACUGCAUAGGCCACUAUUUGAAAAAAAUUGAAAAUGCCUUUAAGCCAUUUGUAAUUCCAACUCUGGGCAAAGCUAAAAUAUAGAAUUCUAACUAAAGUAACUUAAAGAAUAUGAUGCUCCUUAGAGACAGAGAAAUUUAAAAAUAAGUGGAAAUUCACUUAACAGUUAAAAAGUGAUUUUUAAGGGGUCCAGUGAGACAUUUCAAAAGGGUAAAAAUUUGACCUAUUCUUUUUUUUUUUUUUUUUGGAAAAUAAGAAUGCUGGAGUAAUAAGAGAAUGUCAGGAGAGGGGAAGACACAAAAGGAUAUGGGCCAGAAGGAAUGUUUCUGAUUCUUUUUGCUCUAAAAUCCUUAAGUGAGAUGGAAGUUUUGAUCUGAGUUGAAAGAAACAGAUGAUUAUAGCAAGUGGCAUUUCAUACUCACAGCUCUGAAGUGCUAAUGCUCGUACCUAAUGAUCUGGUGUUGCAGGUGGGCUUUGGAAAAUACAGGUUAUUAUUCUUUUGUCUUGCUUUUUGUGAUUGUCCAUAUAAUAUGCUACUUGUUUUAGUAAUCCAUUACAAAUGGAGAUAGAACUGUACAGCUCUAUUUCUUUGAAAUGUCAAUAGAAAGGAUAUCAGACUUUCUGGAAAUGGAAAUGGUAUAAUUUCAGGAUUAAUUAUGGAGAUCUGGAAGCAGUAUGUGUCAGUAGGUACAUUGAAACUGCCUGUGACAUGUUCUGAAACAACAAUCAUGUAUAAAAUAUAGGAACUAAAUUGAUAAAUGGAGUCUGUCAAAAAGUAAACAGAAUUUAAUUGUAGUAGCUUAUCUGUAGGAAAAUUAGGAUAAUACAAAAAUCAUGUUGCUUAUUUUUUAUCUAUAAAAGCAACCAAAAAGUAUUCAUCUCUUAAUACCAUAUAAAAAUGAAUACUCAGUUUUUUUCCCCAGACUUAGAAAAGAUGAUCUAAUUAACUUCUCUGCCUACUGUUCCCAAUAAAGGCAAAAAAGUCAACUGUCCAGGCUAGAAACCUAUGUAACAUUUCCUCUCUCUCUCUCUCUCUCUUUCAUAAAACUUGGACAGUACCAGAUACUGAGAGGUACCCUUUCUCUUCCUUAUAUUCAAACUUGUGGAAACAUUAUUUUCCAUUCUAAGAAUUUGAGAGUGGAAACUAUUUCUUAGGAAACCCCAUCUGGAGAAAGUUGGGCUUCUACUGCCAAAGCCAGUAUGGUGUAAUGGAAAGAAUGCUGAUCCAUAAACUGUGUACUUAAUUGAAUCCUUUGGUUCAUUCUGUUUUCCCUUUUCGAAUUGCCUGGAUCUGUUACUUGAAUUGCUUUCUGCCUCAGCAAAAUAGCCCUCUCCUAUAAAAAAAAAAAAAAUCCUACCGUGUUGAGUAUCUUCACUGUGCCAUUGGUCUGGCCCCUUUCUGGGAUCGUGUUUCAAUAAUCCUGUCUUGCCUUUUUAUUCAGUAGGGUAGCAGGCACUAUCAGAUAGCGGUCAUAAGGGCAGAAAGUCAGAAACCUACUCUGCCCUCAUUGUUCCCAUUUUUUCUGUGCAUAACUGAGACCAAUGUAGUGGUCCUGAGUUCAGCUAGGAAAAUUAUUUAGCAUCUUAAACUUUAUCUUUAAUUAUCCAUGUCCUCACAGCCGCAGUCACUUACCCCAAAAGUACAAGCAGUGUUAUGGGCCAGUAAAGCAUGCCGUUAGUGAUCAGCUAAAACAUUUAGCACUAGAUAUCCAUCCAGUCAGUCAGGAGUGGGAAGGAAGUGUGAUGCACUCUGUUGACUGCCUUUUCCACAUUGAUUUCUUCCUUUUCUUGUACCAGAACUCUCAUUUUGGUCAGGAAACUUCUUUCUACAGCUCAUGUGAUUGGGGAAGUAGACCCUAUCCCCAGUUCCAAAGGUUCGUCCUGAAUAGUAUAAGCCAGUUAAUGUAAGACAUUUGCCUGGCAGCUGUUACUGGUCUAGGGUGAGCACAAGACCUAAAUUGGGCCCAGUUGGACUGAGGGCCUAAAACAAGUUGGGUUUUUGGUGAGGAAGAGGCUCUUCUGUCCUGCUGGAAAUGGGUGGCCCUAAUUUAAAAAUCACAGAAAAUUAGGCAUUAGAAAGAAUGUGACAUUACAGCCUGCAAAAUUGUUUUAUUGUGCCACUAAAUCAAACCUAAAUCCCACCCUUUCCUGGGACUACUUAUUACUUCAGAAAGAAAAAAAAUUCCUUCUAACAGAAAUCAAGGUUUUGGUUAAUUGUGCCCGAAAACAUUUCUCACUGCUAGACAUGGGAAAAAGAAUCCCAGAGAACAGAACUGAGUGUUGGUCCUGUGGACUCCCAGGACAGGAACAGUUUACUGCAGAAGCAGGAUGCUUGUGCUUGCUGAAAGAAGAGUGGGAAAGAGCUACCUACUCCUUGCUCCACACACACCUUUCCUUUCUGGGCAGCGGCUCCCUGGCUUUCCUGAUUUUUGUUUUUGAUUUUUUUUUUUUAGUUUAAACUCAAUUUAGUUUGUACCUGAUAGUAGUUUAUAUCUGAGAUAAGCUUUAAUUUUUUAAAAAAUUCUUUAUCUUUUCUCUUUUCCUUAGCUUAGCUUCCCUCUGGUAUUACACCAGGCCACUUGGUCAGUGAUGCCUUCCUCAGUGGGUUAGAGAUUUGUGUCAGAUUAUUUAACCUUUCUCCAUGUUUCCUGUUCUAUUUUUUAAUCAAAUUUUGCUUUUUAUCUUUAAUUUGUAAAAAAAACUUUGAAAUAUAGUUGACACAAAGGUAAGAUUAUACAUGUAAGGACCAUAUCUAUUGUGUUUAUAACCCUAGCUGUAUCCUCUCCAGUAGGAAAAGAAAGAAGUCUUUAUCAAUUUUGGCUUUCUAAGAGUCUUUGUGCUAGGAAAAACAGAUUCGGUAUUAUGGGACUGUUUUGAAAUACAGUAGUACUGCUAUAUCAAAAGAGAUCCACAGUGUUAUUAAUUUAGAGCUUGUAGCUUUUUCAAAGGUAACAAAUAAAUGUACUAGAACAUGAAUGGUUGCCUUUUAAUAUAUACUAAAGAACAAAGAUAACCCUUUCUAACUUCAUUCAUUCUAACCUCAUUAAAAACAAAAACAAUAUGAUGGGAAUUUUUAGUGUAGUUUUUGUAAGCCUGAUGAGAUGUUUUAAGGUUUAGAAUUACUAAGUAAUUUGAUUAUGUCGAGUGCAAUAAUAAAAUCCUCUUAUAAGUUACCCAACCAGGAAACAAAUAUGCUCUUACACUCGAAAGAUUCCAGUAAAUGUAGUAAAAACAUUGGGAGUGGGGGCAGGCAGUAGUAUCUGAAGGGAGCCAGGACCAAAUGUAUUCUUGAUAGUCUGCAAAGUCAUCAGAGAAAGUGAACAUGUAGUGCAUGUGUUGGGCCAAAGAAGGGGUGAUGGGGUUUGGUGUGCAGACGGUCUGGUGUUUCCUGUAGCUGGCGCCACCUGGAAGGGGAAGGAAUUAGAUCAGAAUUAUAAAUAGUAGGAAAAAUAAUUAUAAGUUGUUUAACUUAUAAAGUCAGUUUGUAAUAAAACAGUGCAAUGUCCUCUGACAGUUUUAUAUUAACAAAACGCACCUAUUGUUAAAAAAAAAGAUUAGAAGAUCACAUUGAAAUUAUCUCUGAGGAAAAAAAGAUUACAAGAAAUGUACAAUUCAACAAAAAUAUAAAUUUGUUCAUAUAAUUGAAAUAUCAGGGAAAACAUGGUUCAUGUUAUCUUCAGUCCUGUGAUGGACAAGUUCUUAGAGUUAAUUGAUGGCCCCUGCUGAGUUUUAUCUUUUGAUUGCUGCCCUCCAGCUAUAUCUAAUACCUGAGCCUCUCUUCCCUAUUUCCUUUCAGUUGUCUUUGUUAAAACCACCUCUCUGUAGAAAUAUUGCAGUUUACCAUUGCUCAGUCAUAUUUAGGGGUUUCUUAAAUGAAAGUGUCAGUUCUUUAACCCUUAAGUAACUUCUCUUUGAGACAUCUCUAGGAGGUCUUAAAAUUCUCUGAAAUGUUUGUUGUUGUCAGGGAAUCACUGAGGUGGAGAGUGGAAUUCCAGGAAAAAUUGUAAGCUGUCUAGCCUAGAAAACUUAGAUCUUUAAUCCAUAUUAAGUACUGUAUCACUUGAGAAGAAAAGGAGUGGAAUUCUAUUUUUUUUAACUGUUGCCAUGCUCUAAUCUUUCCAAAUGAUGUGCCAAUUAGAAAACAUUUAACCUCUUUCAAAAUAUCAGUGGUGUAUGAAGUAGAAGGGGAUAUGGAGAUUUUCAUUCAGUCAUGUCUUUAUUGACAUUUCAUUGAACACAUUGUCAUACCCAUGUGUAUAAGCAGGUGCUGGGAAUAUAAAGAUGAAUACGAAAAUUUCAUAGGUUUUAAAGAGCUUGCAGUCCUAAUUGGAGAGACAGUGACACCGAGUUGCAUGUACACUGAGAUAAUUCAUAAAAGUAUACCUGGGGUUCUGUGGAAAUACCCUAAUAGGGCACUGUGCCCAUUAGGGGCACCAUUGGAGAGCAAGAGUUCUUAAUUUGGGAGAACAGGACUUUUUUGGAAUCUGAUAAAAGCUAAGGGUAUUCAUGUUGUGGGUAGCUGUGGAUUAAAGUGAUGUUAUAACAGAACUUUGCCUGAAUCAGGGAUCAUCUGCCAGACCUGUUCAUGCCCCAUAAAGAAAGGUACAGAGAGAAGUGUAUACACAAAGAAGUUCAAACCAGAGCACUUGGUUCGGUAAAAAGGGUUAGUCUAAAAUACUUAAAUCAUGCAGUUUUGAAAUACUUAUUGAUUGAAAAAUUGACUUUAUUAUAUUGGUGAAUCCAUAAAAUAAUUAUAUCCACGACCCUUUUAUUUUUUUAAAGAUAGAUUUAUUUAUUUAUUUAUUUGAAUGAGAGAGAGCGAGAGAGCGAGUGCUAGUGAGGUUGGGGGAAGAUGGG